AUGAAGACUCAUUGUGUCUAUGUCCAAUUAUUGGCAGCAGCUUCUUUCUGUGGUCAACUCGUCUCAGGCGAGACCGUCAGUGAGAUCAACGGCAACAAGUACCUCUCUCCAUACAACGGGAAGAACGUAACAUACGUCGAUGGUCUCAUCACCGCCAAAGGACCAAACGGUAUCUGGAUCCGAUCUACUACACCUGACAAGGAUGACAGAACUUCAGAAUCUGUCUAUGUCUUCGACAAGAACUUUGGCAAGAACCUGACAGUGGGCGAUGUCAUUCAGCUCAACGGUACCGUUUCUGAAUACAGAUCAAGCAAGGCUUACGUCUACUUGACUGAGAUUGUCAAUCCCAAGCUCGUGAGGAAAGUAUCCUCUGGACAUGCUGCAACUCCGCUGGUCAUCGGAAAGGACACCAUCAACCCUCCCACAAAGGCUUUCUCCGCAUUGGACGACGGUGAUGUGUUUGCUGUUCCCAAUAACGCCAGUCUGAUCUCUUCAACGAAUCCAACUUUGAUUCCUCGAAAUUAUGGAAUGGACUUUUGGGAAAGUUUGAGUGGGGAGCUUGUCACUGUGAAGGGUGCGCAUGCAUUGACGAAGCCAAACAAUUACGGCGACACCUGGGUUAUCGGAGACUGGAAAGUCACUGGCCUCAAUAGCCGUGGGGGUCUGACCACAGUUGACAAAGAUGCCAACCCUGAGGCUAUCAUUAUUGGAUCGCCCCUUGAUGGCUCGAAAAACCCUGUGAUCACUAGAGUUGGUGACGUGCUCGGCGAUAUCACCGGAGUCGUCAGUUAUUCGUUUGGAUACUACACCAUUCUCCCUCUUACCGCCCUGAAGAUCGCCAAGGGUGUCGAGCCCGCACUUCCUCCGCCUACCAGUCUUGUGUCUGACGGCGACUGUGGUGGCAUCACCGUGGGUUCCUAUAACGUGGAGAACCUUUGGGCUGGUUCAGAUCACCUUGUCAACAUGUCCGCACACAUUGUCGACUACCUUCGCGGUCCCGACCUCGUCUUUGUCCAGGAGAUCCAGGAUAACAAUGGAGAAAAGAAUGACGCAGUUGUAUCCGCGAAUUUGACCCUGAGCACCCUGACUUCAGCAAUCAGCAGUCUGGGUGGGCCUGAGUAUGAGUUUGCUCAGAUUGACCCUGUUGACGACAAAAACGGCGGUGCACCGGGUGGCAACAUUCGUACCGCUUAUCUCUACAAUCCAGAGAUCCUACGACUGCGCAACCCCAACUUCGGGUCAAGUACUGAAGCCAAUCAGGUCUUGUCUGGUCCCGAGCUCAAGUACAACCCUGGUCUUAUCGACCCUACGAACUCAGCAUGGACCGCUAGUCGCAAGCCACUGGUCGCUGCUUUUGAAACACUGGACGGCAAGAACUCUUUUUUCACCAUCAACGUCCAUUAUGGAAGCAAGGGAGGUUCCUCUUCCAUCGAAGGUGAUGCUCGUCCUCCUGUGAACGGUGGCGUUGAUGACCGCCAAGAUCAGAUGCAAUUGACCGCCGAGUUUGUUGCCGACAUCCUUGCCGAGGAUAAGAACGCCAAGGUUAUCGUCGCUGGCGACUUCAACGAGUUCGCGUUUGUCGAGCCUCUCGAGAACUUCAAGAAGAUCUCCAAUCUCAAAGAUCUCGACGAGGCUGCGAAUGUCCCCGAGCUCGAGAGAUUCACGUACCUCUUCGACAUGAACAGCCAAGAGCUUGAUCAUAUGUUCAUCAGCCAGGCUCUCAAGCCAAAGGCACAGUACGAGCAUGUUCAUAUCAACACUUGGGUGACUGCAGCUCAGCAGAUUUCGGACCACGACCCUUCGGUUGCUAAAUUCAAUAUUUGUAAGAGAUGA